GUGGCGGCGUCCAAGAUGUCGACCAAGAAUUUCAGAGUCAGUGACGGUGACUGGAUUUGCCCAGACGAAAAAUGUGGAAAUGUAAACUUUGCUAGAAGAACUAGCUGUAAUAGAUGUGGUCGAGAGAAAACAACUGAGGCUAAGAUGAUGAAAGCAGGGGGCACUGAAAUAGGAAAGACACUCGCAGAAAAGAGCCGAGGCUUAUUUAGUGCUAAUGACUGGCAGUGUAAAACUUGCAGUAACGUGAAUUGGGCCAGAAGAUCAGAGUGUAAUAUGUGUAAUACUCCAAAGUAUGCUAAACUGGAAGAAAGAACAGGAUAUGGUGGUGGUUUUAAUGAAAGAGAAAAUGUUGAAUACAUAGAAAGAGAAGAAUCUGAUGGUGAAUAUGAUGAGUUUGGACGUAAGAAGAAAAAAUACAGAGGGAAGGCAGUUGGUCCUGCAUCUAUUUUAAAGGAAGUUGAAGAUAAAGAGUCUAAGGAAGAAGUAGAGGAUGAGGAUGAAGAUCUUUCUAAAUAUAAAUUAGAUGAGGAUGAGGAUGAAGAUGAUGCUGAUCUCUCAAAAUAUAAUCUUGAUGCCAGUGAAGAAGAAGAUAGUAAUAAAAAGAAAUCUAACAGACGAAGUUGCUCAAAGUCUCGGUCUUCACACUCACGAUCUUCGUCACGCUCAUUCCCCUCCAGUUCAAGGUCCAGGUCCAGGUCGCGUUCAAGAAGUUCUUCCAGUUCGCAGUCAAGAUCUCGUUCCAGUUCCAGAGAACGUUCGCGAUCUCGUGGGUCGAAAUCAAGAUCCAGCUCCAGGUCCCACAGGGGUUCUUCUUCCCCAUGAAAAAGAUCUUACUCAAGUUCAUCAUCAUCUCCUGAGAGGAACAGAAAGAGAAGUCGUUCUAGGUCUUCUUCAUCUGGUGAUCGAAAAAAAAGACGAACAAGAUCACGGUCACCUGAAAGCCAGGUGAUUGGUGAAAACACUAAACAACCCUGAGCCCAGGGCCAACUGCUCGGAACACCACUACUUUACCCAGGCACCACAGGUCACCUUCUG